AACCAAAUCAUUACAAAACCAAACCCCCGUGCGUGCCUCCUCACUUUCUAUCUCUGCACCGGAAAAAACACAUGGUUAAACCCUUCUCACAUCUCUUUAAAUUGAAAACGCUAAACUUCUGCCCCUUUUCAUGCACUUAAACCCUGAUUUUAACGACGCCAAAAUUUAUUCUUUAUUUUGUUGUCAUUGUCCAAUACACGCUGCAUCCAUAAAUGGCCAACAACCCUCAAUUCUCUGGAAUGCAGCCUCUCCAGCCUCCUCUGGUUGGCCCCAUGGAUCAUCCUCAAAAUUUUGCUCCGCCACCACCAAUGCCCAUUCAAUUCCGACCGGUUGGUCCAGUGCAGCCAUCACAGCAAUUCAUUCCUGUGAGUUCUCCACACUUUCAGCCUGUAGGCCGAGGUGUCACAGUGAUGAAUCCAGGAUUGCCUCCCCAACCCCCACAACCCCCACAACCUCAAUUUCCUCACCCAAUGCAACAGUUACCAGCUAGACCUAACCAGCCAGGCCUUGGUCCACCACCACCUCAGGCAAUUCCAUUACCAAAUGCUCAGCCAAACAGGCAUGUCAUGUCUGGAUCUCCACUGCCUCCGCCUAGUGUUCAAACUCCAAACAGCUACAUGCCUGGUUUAGGUGGCCCAGGAGUGCCUCUAUCUUCAUCGUAUACUUUUGCACCGUCUUCAUAUGGUCAACCACCUGUACCGUUUAAUGCUGUAACUCAAUUUCAGCCCAUGCCUCAAAUGCAUGCGCAGCCUAUUCCCACUGGAGGACGCCCUGCAUCAUCCAUGAACCAGAACAUUGCACCAGUUACACCUAUACAGCGCGGUGGCGAACAAUCUUCAGUUACCACUACUAAUGUUCUGGCAACAAGUAUCCAGCCUAAGCCGACUGAAGAAGCCUCGACAGAGUGGAAAGAACAUACAUCUGCUAAUGGAAGGAGAUUUUAUUACAAUAAGAGGACAAGGCAAUCUAGUUGGGAGAAGCCUUAUGAGUUGCUGACGCCAAUUGAGAGGGCAGAUGCAUCGACUGACUGGAAGGAGUUUAAGAGUCCUGAUGGACGAAAAUAUUACUACAAUAAAGUUACCAAGCAGUCAAAAUGGGAAAUCCCAGAAGAAUUGAAGUUGGCCCGUGCACGAGUAGAAAAUACAUCUACCAUGGAAAAACAAUCAGAAGUCUUUACAAACUCUCAUGCCUCUACUUCUGUUCCUCCAUCUGCGGAUAAGACACCAUCAAUUGCAGAUGCUUCUACAGCUCAAGGGGCACCAUCGAGUCCAGUUCUUGUUAUACCUGUUGCUGCUGCUGGUAAUUCACAGUUGCAGUUAGCUUCUGAAUCAUCGACCUUACCUGUCAUGUCAUCUUCCGUGAUGACCAAUGCAGAUGAAGUUCAGACAAUUGAGAUUCCUGUUGCUGAUGUUCCAAAAAUUGCUGAAGUCACUGCCACAGCGGUGAACACCAUAACUGCACCAAUGAACAACUUUUCAGAUCAAGAUAAACCUAGUUCAGCAGAUGAAGCUCCUGCACAAGACAAAGAGGAAGCUGAAAAGGAGGUGGUCAUAGAUGAAAAGGUUAACAAUGUUCCGUUGGAAGAGAAAGCAGUUAAUAAUGAGCCCUUACUUUAUGCUGAUAAGCUGGAAGCAAAAAAUUUAUUUAAAGCACUUCUGGAGUCUGCAAAUGUUGGGUCUGAAUGGACAUGGGACCAGGCCAUGAGAGUAAUAAUUAAUGAUAAAAGAUAUGGUGCAUUAAAAACACUUGGAGAGAGAAAGCAAGCAUUUAAUGAGUUCUUGGGUCAAAAGAGAAAACAGGAAGCUGAGGAAAGGAGGACUAAACAGAAAAAAGCACGGGAAGAAUUCAAGAACAUGCUAGAAGAGUCCAAAGAGCUGACAGCAUCAAUUAGAUUGAGCAAAGCAGUGACUUUGUUUGAAAACGAUGAGCGGUAAAGCUGUUGAAAGGGAAAGUUUAAAGCUGUUGAACGGGAAAGAGACCGUAGGGAUCUGAUUGAAACCUACUUGCAGGAACUUGAAGAAAAGGAACGAGCAAAGGCACAGGAGGAGCGCAAGAGGAACAUUAUGGAAUAUAGGCAGUUUCUGGAAUCAUGUGAAUUCAUUAAGGCAAGCACCCAGUGGCGAAAAGUACAAGAUCGGUUAGAAGCUGAUGAAAGAUGUUCACGUCUUGAAAAAAUUGAUCGCAUAGAAAUUUUUCAGGAUUAUUUACAUGAUUUGGAGAAGGAAGAAGAGGAGCAAAGGAAGAUACAUAAGGAAGAACUGAGAAAGGCAGAGCGUAAAAAUCGUGAUGAGUUCCGCAAGCUACUUGAAGAACAUGUUGCUGCAGGCACUCUUACUGCCAAAACUAAUUGGCGUGACUAUCACCUGAAGGUUAAAGAUUUACCUGCAUAUGUGGCUGUUGCUUCAAACAACUCAGGUUCAACUCCAAAAGAUUUGUUUGAAGAUGUCGCUGAGGAGCUACAGAAACAGUAUCAUGAGGACAAAACUCGGAUAAAGGAUGUUGUAAAGUUGAAAAAGGUUCCUUUGGCAUCAACCUGGACACUUGAAGAUUUGAAGGUUGCUAUUGUCGAGGAUGUUGGCUCUCCACAUAUAUCAGAUGUGAACCUAAAGAUGGUAUUUGAUGAAUUGCUGGAAAGAGCCAGGGAAAAAGAGGAGAAAGAAGCCAGGAAGCGUAAGCGUCUUGAGGAUGAUUUUCUCAUUCUACUACAGUCUAUCAAGGAUAUAACUGCAUCUUCUAAGUGGGAGAGCUGCAAGGAAAUCUUUGAUGGUAGCCGAGAAUACAGUUCCAUUGGUGAAGAAGGCUUCUGUAGAGAGAUAUUUGAGGAAUAUGUAUCUCAACUGAAAGAUCAGGAGAAAGAGAAUGAGUGGAAACGAAAGGAGGAAAAGGCAAAAAAGGAAAAAGAGAGGGAGGAAAGAGAAAGGAGGAAAGCAAAACAUAGAAGGGAAAAGGAGAGGGGACAUGAUAGAGAAACAAGAAAGGAAGAAGAAGAUGUUGAAAUUGAUGAUACAAUAGAAACCCAAGUUUGUAGUGAUAAGAAAAGAUCUGGGAGUGACAAUAGCAGGAAACAGAGGAAGAGGCAUCAAAAUACUGUGGAUGAUCUGGAUGAAAGCGAGAAGGAUAGGUCCAAGAGUUCACACAGACAUAGCAGCAGUGACGUCAAAAAAUCAAGAAGGCAUGCUUCCACUCCUGAGUCAGAUAGUGAAAGCAGGCACAAGAGACACAAGAGAGAUCACCGAAAUACUUCUCGUAGAACUGGUGAUCUUGAGGAUCUUGAAGAUGGGGAAUUUGGUGAGGAUAGGGAAACUCGGUAGUUAACAAUUUAUCCCUUUCAAAAUCUCUUCAAUGUUUUAUCUGUAUUACAAGAUGAACUGUUUUCUAAAGCUUUACCGUGAUAGAAUAGAGUUUUAAGUCGUAUUCCGACAUCUUUCUGUAAUCUCUAUGUGCAUUGGUUUGUGGUUUAAUCAGGCCAUAGAUCCAUGUUUUUGUUUUGGAUAAUAUUCUGAGAGAAGUCACAUUGCAUCGACG